AAAGGGAGGCACCAACUUUCGUGACCUCUCUACAAAAUAAAAACCUCAUCUCAUCGUCUUCUGUCUUCUUUCUUUUCUAACCCAUUCAUUCAUUUUCACGGACCUUAAAAAGUAAGGGAAAACCCCUUCUCCUCCACCUCCACCUCCACCCCCAAAUAAUAAUAUUAUUAAUAAUAAACUUAUUAUUCAUUUACAACACACACACGCUCACGCACACAUUAAAUUUAAAAACACUCGAAUAAUUUUAUCCCUCUCUUCUCUGGGGUUUCUGUUUGGAUUCUUGUAAAAAUGGCGAAGAAAAGAAAGUCAGACGCUACGCGCCUCGACGAGGUCGAUCGAACCAUGUACACCACCUUUUGCAGCGCCGCCAACUCUCUCUCCCAACUCUACACCCAGGCUAUGAACCAUCAGCGCCUCUCCUUUCAAGCCGGCGAACGUCAGGGCCUGGAGAAAAUUUACCAAUGGAUUGUAAGGCAGCAAGAGGAAGGGUCAAGAGUGACAACACCAGAUAUAGUUGCCUACUUACAGAAUGAGCUGGAUUAUGGAGCCGAGGAACCUCCAAUGUCUCCCAGAAUGCUACUUCAGCAACAGCACUUACAAAAUGCAAUGCACUCGACCAAUCUAGGGCCAACCGCUCCAGCUGCUCCCACUCCUGUUGGACCAGGAGUACGCUGGGGGAAUCCUGAUCAGCAAGCUAAAAACUCGGUUUUCUCUAAUGCUCUGUCUAGCCCGGUUCGCCAAAGCCUUCAACCGUAUCACCUUGCUGCGCAGGGAAGUUACCAUUCAACUAAUCCAACUAAUGUCCUGACAUGUGGAAAUGGACCUCGUAGUAACAAUGAGGGGAACCAUCAUCAUCACCAAAACAGGGACACCAACUCUCCCAUGUCGAAUGAUUCCUUGGAUAUGCAUGCAGAUAGUCCGGAUUCUGGGUUUCCUCGCUGAGUUUGGUUCUAUGAUUGAAAUAAAUAGAAGAAAAGAAAGUAUAUGAUAAAGAAAAUGUGUUUGUUUUGUGAUGGAAAAUUAUGUUUGUAGUGCUGAACUUGAAUUCAUAGAAAAUUUGAACAAUUUCAUUCGCUA